UGCAACUAGAGUAUAACGCGUUAAGUUUUGUAUGGCUUUGAAAUAAAUUAUAAUUAAGUAAACUAUUAAGAGAGAGUAACAAGCUAUUUUGAAGACAUGGAUGUAGAUCUGAGCCUUGACGAAAUAAUUGAGCGCAAGCGUCAUAAGAAUCCACACAAGAAUAAUGACAAAAAGAUCUAUAAUGCUAAUUUGAAGACACGCAAGACUAUAACCAAGCCGCCUCAACCAUACCGCACCUUCGAUGCCCGCAACAAAAUAAUAGAGAAGACGCGCGCUAAGAUUUUUGAUGCACGCGAAAUUCUCAAUCAUAACUUUAGCUUACGUGAAAACGACAAAGAUGCACGCCACGAGGUGCUUGUGCGUCAGCCCAACAUGUCCAGGCCCAUGAAACCUCAAAGAAGCGCAAUGUCGGAGUCACGUCUAGGCAUUAGUGGCGGCGGUCGUGGCCGUGGAGGAGUACAUAAAGGUCGCUUUGGCCAGCGCAUCAUCACUAUGGGAAAUCGGCCUGGAGGGGGUGUUGUGCAAACACUGUGGGAUCCCAAUGAUGAGCCGGCUUCACGUGGAUACAAACCUGGCGGCAGCGCUGGAGGAGGAGCAUAUACGCCAAGUCGUCUGAAUGCCGGCGCCAAGCCAUUCGUGCCACGCGGCUAUGUGGACCACGAUAAUAUGCAGCAGCUGGAGGAUGAGGAAAUAGCGCGCACGCUGCACUUGAACAGCUACAGCAAUUCGCUACAGUCAGUAGGCGGUGGGCGGCAACAACGCAUGGGACGCAACUAUAUUGACUAUGACAUGGAUGUAGAAAGUGUGGAAAUUCAAAGCCAAAGCGUUGACAAUGAUCCAUUUGCCAUAUACGAGGCUGCACGCAAUCGUGUAUCACGCCCCACGCUGCCGCCAAUGCCACCGCCGCCGCCGCCAUAUGAGUCGCGCGUUGAUAAUGGUGAGCCGAUGUUUGAGCGCCGACAGCGCAACAUGGUGGCAUCCUCCAAUUUGCCAGAGUCGCUGCGUGCACGUCUGUUUGGCAGCGAACCAGAUCGACGCGUCUCGCAUGGAAUCUAUGCCAAUGAGAAUGGCAGCAGCGAUUUGUCCAAGACUGUGCCAGGCCUAAGCUCGUUGUCCAUGCGCCAGCGUCGCAGUCCUCCGCUACCAAUGGGCAUACCGCUGCCACUAAGCAGCUCAAACAAUAAGCCCGGCUAUCGAUUGUUGGUGAGCAAUUUGUGUGGAAAUGUAACCACAUCGGACAUACGCGAGCUAUUCAAUGACAUUGGGCCCAUGUAUGAUGCCCAUGUGGUGCGUCCUGGCACAGCCGAGGUCAUUUACAAAUCUCUGGAGCAUGCCGAAAUGGCUGUGGAUGCCUAUCAUCAGCGCGAAUUCGAUGGCCAGCCGAUGCACUGUGUGCUGGUUAAUCCGCAUUCAUCCAAUCGCUCCACACACUCUGUUAGCGCACGCACUGUGACUACAAACUCAUCUGGCGUCGAGGUGGACAUUGAUGCGCUGCAUUCGGUGCUAUUUCGCGAUCGCUAAGAUUGCUUAGAUAACAAAUGCAACAGCAAAAAGUAUCUAUAACUAAUAGCGCAUCACACACAAACACACACACAGACACAAAUUCAAACAAAAGAGACUCAACUAUAUACUGGUCAACAUCCAAUCAUGUGUCGCAACUAGUUUUAAGUUAAUUACUACUAUCCAACUACAAUGUGUAUUUUGUAUGCGGCUUGUCGUGUGAUCGUCCCGAUCAGUAAACAAAUAACAGUAGAAAUAACUUUUUAUAUGUUUUUCUCUUUUGUUUUAUAUUAUUUCCGUAGGCUUUGUUCUUAAAGCUGCUCGCUCUUGCUCACUACUAUUCCAAGUUCUUUGACAAUUUUCACCCUUUCACUUCUCCAUUUGAGUUUAUAUCUUACACGCAAUUAAAAAUAACAAGACCUAUGCGCAUACUAUAUAUUGGAAAAGUUAUAGCAUUAACCAUAUAACACAUACAGUUUAAUCAAAAAUCAUAAGUGUUCGAAAUUAUUCGAUAUUUAAUCAAAUGUGUGUCUAUUAGGCUGAAAAGCUAUUUUGAUGAUAUCGGAGCUUGCAUUGUAUGUCUCC